UAAAUUAUCCGCGAAGCACAAGAUUAUAAAGCAAAAGAUAAGAAUUGCCAAGGAUACCGUGGCCCUGGAUGGAUUUCGCCGUAUCAACGAGCACUAUAAUGAUUAUCACGUUGCAAGUACGAAAUUUCUGAAACGCAAGAGGGAAAUCAAUGACAAUAUCUCAAGUGACACUAAAAUUAGCAACAGCGGCGCCUAUGACGGCAAAAAUGUCAUAGAAAAGGUUUUGGGGGAAUCCUGCACUAGAAAUGAUGAAAAUGUUCAGCAGAGGAUAAGAUCGUCAAUCUAUACCGAGGAGUCCACAUUACCUCCACGCACUAAUGCCGAACCAGAGGAACCCAAUAACCUUGACGAUCCCAACGAGCAGCUAGAGAUAGAUUUGGCAGCUAUCGAACAGCUCGUUAAACAGGAAUCUUUAACCGAU